UCCUUUGUUUAUAUUCCCCCACCACUUCCUUUCUUCAUUCAUCUCCAUCUUCUUCCAUACUCAAAAACACAGCAAAAACCAAUAGAUUCCUCAUGGGUAGAUCUCCUUGUUGUGAGAAAGAACAUACCAACAAAGGUGCAUGGACAAGGGAAGAAGACGAGCGUCUCAUUAACUACAUCAAACUUCAUGGAGAAGGCUGUUGGAGAUCUCUCCCCAAAGCUGCUGGUUUGCUUCGAUGUGGGAAGAGUUGUAGGCUUAGGUGGAUAAACUACUUGAGGCCUGAUCUCAAAAGAGGAAACUUCACUGAAGAAGAAGAUGAACUCAUCAUUAAUCUUCACAGCUUACUUGGUAACAAAUGGUCAUUGAUUGCUGCAAGAUUGCCAGGGAGAACGGAUAAUGAGAUCAAGAACUACUGGAACACUCAUAUCAAAAGAAAGCUGUAUAGCCGAGGGAUCGAUCCUCAAACCCACCGUCCACUCGGUUCGGUUUCCAGCACAAACAAAACAACUAACAUCAACAGCAGCAAUUGCAGUAACAACAAUAAGAUCAACGUUAAUAGAUUACGAUUAGAAACAAAAGAGUCAGUGGUGCCAUUGAUGCAAGUGCCUGCCAACGUAGACAAUGGAGCAGACUCGUCGGAAGAUUCAAACGGCAGCAGUGGAUUAAGUAGUGAAGAAGUUUUCCUACAAAUCAAUCUUGAACUCUCUAUUGGGCUUCCGUUUCCCAGCUGCCACCGGUCUCGAUUUUCAUCUGUCAACUUAAAUCAAUCGCAGCAGCAACAACGAGUCGCCUAUCAGUUGUUUCGAUCGAACACGCCAGAUGUGUGCUUAUGUUACGGUUUAGGGUUCCAGAAAAACCACGCCUGUAGCUGCAGCGUCAUUACAACGCUGUAGCAUGCAGCAGCAGAUGAUUUUCUAUGCCAGAUAGAUUUUUCUUAAGAGGUGGUGUAUAUUA